AUGAUCUGUGUAUUUUGCUGGUAUUACGAAGAGUUUGAGAUUAAUGUGAAAACGGGGGAAUCCAACCUCACCCAAAUCUAUUUGAAGGAAGGCUUGGACUUUAUCUCUCAGCAAGCGGUGGCCCAGCGGCCCUUCUUUCUCUACUGGGCGCCAGAUGCAUCCCACGCGCCUGUCUAUGCCUCAAAACGCUUUCUGGGAAAGAGCCAGAGGGGGCGUUAUGGUGAUGCAAUGAUGGAACUGGAUGACGGCAUCGGUCAGAUUCGGGCUCACCUGGUCAGUCUGGGAACCCACAACAACACAUUGGUGUUUUUCACAAACACAUAUAAUGGGGCAGCAGUGAUGUCUGGACCGCUUCAAAGCGGCAGCAAUGGACCAUUCCUCUGUGAGAAGGAGACUACGUUUGAAGGCGGCAUGAGGGAACCAGCCAUUGCCUGGUGGCCUGGACGGAUCCCUGCUGGCACAGUGAGUUAUCAAUUGGGCAGUGUGAUGGAUCUCUUCAGCACAAGUCUUUCUGUGGCUGGCAUUCAUCCUCCUGAUGACCGUGUCAUUGAUGGUCUCGAUUUAAGUCCUGUCCUCUUCAACAACUCACUGCUAGACCGACCCAUCUUCUAUUAUCGUGGCAAACAGAUGAUGGCAGUGCGGAUAGGGCAGUACAAGGCACACUAUUGGACUUGGAGCAACUCAUGGGAGGAAUUCAACAAAGGUAUAAACUUCUGUCCUGGCCAGGAGGUUCCUGGUGUGACCACACACACGCAAGAGGAACACACCAUGCAACCACUCAUCUUCCAUCUGGGACAGGACCCUGGGGAGAGAUACCCAAUCAGGAGGAAGAUCAAUGUUCUAGCCUUGUUUUCUAAACAGGGUAUAAACUUCUGUCCUGGCCAGGAGGUUCCUGGUGUGACCACACACACGCAAGAGGAACACACCAUGCAACCACUCAUCUUCCAUCUGGGACAGGACCCUGGGGAGAGAUACCCAAUCAG